AUGUCUGCCGAUGAUAAAGACACGACAUAUCCGACCACGAGUGAAGAAAUAUCUGAUAUUGUGAAAACCAAAAACAACAGUGAGGUCAGUGGUGAAACAUGUGAGAAGAAGUCAAGCAAAACACCGAGGAAGGUCUCGUUUCCGAAGGAGGAGCAGUUAGUCACUAAGUACUUCGAGCCUGCAAACCCUUGGCAAGAUGUUCCGUCGACGAGUCGAGGCCAGCUCGCCGCCGAGUAUCUGGACGGGUGCCGGCGGCACGGUACGCCGCCCAUCGACUCGGUGCUGCAGCAGAUACGGGAGCUGCCGGAAGGCGCGCUCGGCGGCGGCGUCCGGGCGGCGCGGCUCACGCUGUCGGGCUGCGCCCUGCGGGGCUGCGCCCCGGCGGACGCUCUCGAGGCGCUGCUGCGCAGGGUCCAGUUCCGGCGCAUCGAGCUCGACCACGUGGAGAUCGACGACGAGGGCGCGGAGGCGCUGUUCGACAUGAUCGAGUACUACGAGAGCGCUACAGUGAUAUGCGUUAUUGGGCCGCGGCAGUACGGCAUCAGGGGUUGGCAGGCCACAUCGAGGAUGAUCAAGAAGAGCUCGGAGCUGUGCGAGCUGGAGGUGUGCGAGGGGCCGCUGGAGGCGUCGCACGCGCCGGUGCUGGCGCGGGCGCUCCGCCCCGCCGGCUGCUCGCUGCGGGCGCUCUGCCUCCAGCGCGCCGAGCUCAGCGGGGAGUCGCUGCUCUGCCUGGUGAUGGCUCUCAUGUCGAACGCGUCAGUGCGGGAGCUCCGCUUGGGCGACAACGGCCUGAACGCCAACGACGCCUCGCAGCUGGCGUCGCUGCUGCGACUCAACACCAGGCUCCAGCUAUUGGACCUCUCCAACAACCUCAUACAGGACGCCGGCGUGGUGCACCUGUCGAAGGCGCUGGUGGAGCAGGCCUCCCAGACGCCGCCAUCUGCCGCCACCUCGCCCCUCUCGCCGCUCAGCUGCCCCACGAGCGGAUACGACGCUCGAGGGCUGGCCUUCCUGGUGCUGUGGAACAACCAGCUGACGAGGAACUGCGCCGUCCACCUGGCCAGGGUCCUGCGGGUGUCGCAAUCGCUGUGCGUACUGAACGUGGGGCGGAACGCGCUCGGCUCGGAGGCGGUGCGCGCGCUGCAGGAGGGGGCUGGUGGGGCCGGUGGGGCCGGUGGGGCUGGUGGUGGGGCGGGGGGCGCGGGGGGGCUGCUCUCGCUGGGCCUGCAGGCGGCGCGGCUCGGGCCGGACGCGGCGAGGCCGCUCGCCGCCCUCCUGGCGCCCGGCUCGAGGCUCCAGAGGCUGGACUUGAGGGACAACAAGCUGGGAACCUCCGUGCUGCAGGCGAUACUCAACGCGCUCAAGGACAACACCACCAUCACGCAAAUAGACCUCGACGAACCGACGGAGCCCGCCGCGGCGCGGUUGGCGCGCGACGUGCGCGCCCUCUGCCGCCGCAACGAGCCGCCGCCCGGCCACCGGCUGCAGCGCAAGAUCAGCCUCACCUGCCACACGGCGCGCCUCGCCCAGGGCGGCGCGGAGGAGGAGCGCCGCGCGGUUGGCGGUGCGGGGGGCAGGCUCCGCUCGCCCGCCCCCUCCCCCGCCCCCUCGCCCGCCGGCAGCCCCGUGCCGCCAGCGCAACACUCGCGCUUCUCGGUGACGAGGGUGACACCCGACAGGGAAUCCUCCGACAGCCCCAGCCCCUCAGCGCCCCCGCGGCCGGGCUUCUGCCCGAACCCCUCCAGGUUCAAGGUGGUGCAGGUCGCUGAGCCGCCCCUGAUCCAAGUGCACCCGGCCACUCAGCCGAGGAGGCCGUCCUCACGUUUCUCCGUCACCAGGAACUACGACAGCGUGUACAACCUGACGCCUUCGCCCUCGUCCACGGCCUCGCCCAGCCCGGAGCCCCCCACGGCGACUCCGAGCCCCGAGCCGAGCGCGGAGCCGAGCAUCGAGCCGAGCGUCGAGCCGAUUGCACCGAAGUUGGUCAAGACUAUCUCGGAGCCAGCGAUGCGCUCGGAGCCAAGCGCGGAUGUGACGUGUCCCGUUAAACCGGACAUCCGUCCGGUCCCGGGCAGGUUCAGCGUGCAGCCGGUCGUGGUGAGGGCGGCGACAGAGCCGGUCAAGAUGGCGGACUGGACGGCGAAAUUGGGACGACCCGAGCGGGCAGAGGUUACUGGGCGGAACGCCGGAAUGUUGGGCGUGCUGAGCACAGAGAGAUUGACCCCGCUAGUGAUGUGUGAGAGCUUGGAACGGAGGGCGGAUAGUGCACGUUCGAUGCCCAGUCUCGGACCGAAACAGACGAGGGAAGAAGCCGAGAAACCGGAAAGCGAAAUGGCGUCCCUCGAUGCGAUAUCAACGCAUGCUGUAGAGUCAAACGAAAGAGUCGUAAUUAACAGCGGAUUCGAUAUCCCUUCAGAACUAACAGACCUCGAAACUAAAGUGUCAGACGCAACCGAGCAAGUUUUGGACAAAUUCACAAGUGGAGGGACGCCAAGCGCCAAAAGGAAAGACGAUGCUUUCGUCACAGACAAACAAGUGGCAGUUUAUAAUCCGGAUUUAGUCCGUAAACGCGUUCCAGGAACGGAGAUGAACGCUCCAGGGCUGGAGAUAUCAAACACUGAACCCACCAAAUCAGAUCUCAGGGAGACCACGGUCAUAUCUGUCGGUUUCAAAGGCCGACCGCCGGCAGAAGACAAACAAGAGGACGACGCUUCUACGCCGAUAGAUAGAGACAUUACCGAGGUCAUAACCAACAUAUGUGAUAUGAGUGUCGACGACGUAGUGAGACUCGACUUGCAUGCGGCCGAGAAAGUUCUGACUGAUAAUUUAAUACGUAGCGUUAGUGAAGCCAGUUGUGAAGCGGGCGGUAGAUUAAGUGAUGUUAGUGCGACGGCGGAUUUCAAGGACAAAUCCGAGGAUAUAUCUCAUAAUGAGGUAGUUAGCGUAGUGGGCGGUGAUAGAGUGCUUAAGACGGAGACGAGAUUAGUUAAGACUAGCGUAGAGGCCACCGAUACGGAGGUGGUGGACGUAGAAGUUGAGUUCACGGUGAAACGCGAGAGUAGUGUUAAUAGGGAUCAACCGGCCAAAGUGCACAGCGACCAAAAUGCUAGUAUACCCAUCGAGGUCAAGGUGGACGAGCUGUCCUGCGGGGAAAGGGCCGGAGAUGCGAUGAGGCACCUGGAGGAGAUCACGGAGAACCUGGGUAAUAUAAUACAGGAGUUGCAGGACAUGUCGGUCAAGGCGAGGGCUGUUAAAGUGAGAAGCGACUGCACGCAGACGGAGAGAAUGGACGUGGAUAACAGCCUGGAUACAUUCAACGACGCACCGUUCAAGGUCGUCCGCGACGUGGUGCUGAAGAAGAACAAGAGCGAGUCGAGCCUGGACAGCCCCGACUUGGAGGUCUCCAGGCUUAUGAACAAGAAGCUGACGGGCAGCGCUUUUUGUGACAGCAGCUCGUCUCUGGAGAUAUCGGGCAGUUCGAUGGAGAGCCUGAACGCCGUCGAACGCGACCAGCACUUACCCAGGCCCGUCAUCAUCCGAGAGAUGGUGGAGUCCGACACGGAGCUGGACAGAAGAAGAGACACCGGCACCCUGUCCACCGGGAGCAGCAUGGAGUCGAACGCCAGCGAAACCACACCGGUCAACAGCGGCUUCCUGAACACGUCCGUCAGCUCCAACGAGAGCGUCUCCCCGAUAAUCUUCGGCGGCAAGAAGAUCCACGGCUCUCUGUCCAGCUUGGAGGCGAGCAUGAGCUCCCUGGAAUCGGCGAGGCAGGAGAGGGUGAUGGUGACGUCAGCCGACUCCGGCAUAGAGUAUUCUCUGCAGAACCCCACCGAGAACAAGGAGGACGCCUCAUCCAACGAGGGAACACUGACGCACAACUCCAGCCUCAAGGAGACCGUCGGGAAACCGGCGGUCUUCCAAAUACAGGAGACCCUGACCUCGCCCAAGAGGACCUCAAGCCUGCUGGACGUGCCCGCGCUGAAGAGCAAGGGCCUGGACCGCAUGCGGAAGAUAUCCUGGGUGGCGCCCUCCCCCAGCUUCCACAUCCCCAGACCGGAGCCGGACAAGAUCGAGAUGAAGCUGCCGUCGCACCUCGAGAAGCUGCUCAGCCUGUUCCAGCAUCCGAGCAGCCUGUUCUCGCGCAGCAGCUCGUCCCACAGCGACGACGAGAGGAAGUCCGCUUCGAGCACGCCGCCGCGGAAGGACUCGUCGCUGACGAGCUCGUUCUGGUCCUGGGGCAGCGCGACAGAGAAGACGGAGAAGGAAGAUAAUGAUAGCCUGUCGGAGGCGACCGACUCCACGCUAUCGGAGCGAGUGCAAGUCUCCUUCGUGGACGAGUCUUUCUCGAAGAAGCUCGACAGCAAGACCCCGUCCACCGACACGGAGAACACGCUCAGCGAGUUCCAGACCUUCCCCGCGCCCGAUACGGCCUUAGUCGAUAGAGUUACCGAUAAUAACAUAACCACCGAUGACAAUUCAGUACAAAUACUUUUAGAUGUAAGCGAGGACGUUGUAAAUAGUGCGUGCUCCAACGGCGAUCGGCCGGGAGCGAGUGAUAGCGAAGAUCUCAAUGGGCCCGACCCCGAUAGGAGCGUCCGCGACGUAACCGCCGCGGUUAGGGACCCCGUCGCGCAGCCGGCCAGCGAGGGGGGAGCGAGAGGGUGCGAGUCGAAGCAGGACGGCGCUACGGCCCGCCCGCGCUCCUUCGCCGCCGUGCUGAGGGCGUCCGGAACUGACAACUCACUGGACAGGCCGCCCAGCCCGGAUUGCGGGCCGCCCGUCGACAAGCUGCCCAGCAAAGUGAUACGCGGCAUCAAGGAGAACAUCAGCCCCGAGAACACGCUGACGUCGAGCGUCACCAACGCCGAAGCGCUGCACCUGGAACUGUCCGAUUCGAAGAAGCCGGCAGCGCAAUCGCCCGAGAGGCUCCCGAUGCCGGUGGGCGACGUGAAGACCGAGAUGGCGCCCAUAGCCACGGUGGAGGAGAUGUGCGACGAGGCGGCCGACACGUGCGUCCAGCUCGCGUACAUAGACGACGAGGGCGCCACGUCAGCGGACAGCGGCGUGACCUCCUUGGAGACGAUCGCCGAGAGGGUCGAGCCCAAACCGGCGCCGGAGCUGGAAAGUGUCGACGUGGGGAGGGACGCCCUGUCGUACCUCGCCUACGAGACCGUGGGGGAGUCCCCGCGGGAGCUGCACGGGGCGCAGGCCCGGGGGGCGCCCCCCGUCGACCUCUCGCCCGAACUGGUCAUCGACGAGGCGGUGGAGGCGCCAGAGGUGUUCUCGGCGAAAGAGAUGAAGGGGCUGAGGAGCUCGCCCGUCAUACCGGAGCGCGCCAAGCUGAAGAAGUCCAACUCGCUCGAGGAGCUGUCGCGGAGGCUCGCCGAGGCGGACGGCGCCGGCGCCAAAACGAAGACCAUCGCCUUCAAGGUGCCAGAGACGACGACGCCCAGGGACAUACCGGAGAGGAGGGUCAAGUUCCGCACCCGAAGCGGCUCCAGUCCGAAAUCUUUGCCCGAGAGCCUGAUCAAGCCGUGCCCGCUGGCCAGAAUGGAGGCGGGCGCGGCGAAGAAGAAGAAGAAGGCCUCGUGCCUGGGCAGGAUCGCGCGCGACUCCCUCCUCGCGCUGAACAUGAGCGAGGAGGAGACGGCCGAGUUCAGAUCGUGCAAGCUGACCUCCGUGGAGAGCCUCAAAUCGCUCGAGUCCGUGUCAGAGGACGCCAACUCGCAGAGCGGCGCCUCCGCCGACUCGAGAUGCCGCUCGUGCUUAAGGACCUCCCAGGAGAGCCUUAUGUCCCUGGACUCGAUCAACGAGGACUGCCGCUGCAUGUACGACUGCGAGAAGAGGAGCCAGUCAAACAGA